AUGAUGGGUAUUGGAUCAUUCAAUUCAAUGGAGUCUGCGGUUGAAACGUCAGCGUUUUGUCUCGGUCAACACCUUUCACAGUCAACCAUAGCCACCUUGAUCGCUGCUUCGCCUCUUUCAUGGCCAACAAUAAUCAACAUGUCUAGGACACUCCUAAUGAGAAUGGAUAUUUCCAUUGGUGAAGGGGAGGCCUUACUUAAUCCCCGCCCAUUUAAGGUUCAUAGUAAAAUCUGCACAGAACUUGCAAAAUUUGUAGAUAGAAUCUCAAGAAAAGUUCCAGACAUAGAGGCGGCACGGCCAGGAUUCUCAUCAGGAAUCGAGUCUCUGUGUUUGCUGAACAAUGCAAUUGAAAAAGCCAAACUACUUUUGCAGCAUUGCUCUGAAUGUAGCAAACUCUACCUGGCUGUGACAGGGGAUACAGUACUCUCAAGAUGCCUAAAGGCAACAAGACUAUUAGAGAAAAGCUUAAUCCAAAUUCAGAAUAUGGUUCCAGUUAUUUUGGCUGUAGAGGUUUCUAGAAUAAUACAUGAUCUUGAGUGUACGAGAUUUGUUCUGGACCCUGAUGAAGAAGAGGCUGGGAGGGUUGUGAGAGAGUUGCUUACUUCAACCUCAGAUUCAAACGAUGAUUCUGAAGUUAAAGCUCUCCAGUCUGCAGCAUCUCGACUGAAAAUAACAUCCCCAAAGGCCAUCGUAACAGAGCAACGAUCUAUUAAGAAGCUGCUUGAUAAACUUGGACCAAAUGACCUGACAAAGAAGAAGAUACUGAGAUAUCUUCUGCAUCUACUGAAAAAACAUGCAAAGCUCAUGGUGGAAGAACAUGUGGAGAGGGUUCCCGAAGAACAAGUUGCAACAGAGAACUCUAGUCAAGAUUCUCUACGAAACGAUCAUGUUGUGUCAGACCAAAGCUUAAACUGUGAUGAGUAUAGAACUCACAUAAGUGAGCUGAGUGGAGUUGCCCCCCCUGAGCAAUAUAAGUGCCCAAUAUCCUCAAGGUUGAUGUAUGAUCCUGUUAUCAUUGAUUCAGGAGUAACAUAUGAAAGGAUGUGGAUAAAAAAGUGGUUUGAUGAGGGUAAUGACAUAUGCCCCCAAACCAGAAAGAAACUAGUACAUAUGGAAUUAACUCCAAACAUGGCCAUGAAGGAGUUAAUAUCAAAGUGGUGCAGAAAAAUUGGAGUCUCUAUUCCAGAUCCUAGUAGCCGUGCAGAAGAUAUUCGCUCAUGGGACGCUUCAAGCACUUCCAUUAACAGUUUAGGAAGUUAUUUCAAUGAUUUCAACUAUCCAGUGGAUCUUAGUAACAUGUCAAUUGGGUCACUUGAUACUAGUUUUAGUUCAGAUGCCUCGCAUGGUAAGACCACCCGUGCUUCUAUGUUGAUCAAGACCAGUAACAAUUCUGAAAAACAUCAACUUCGUACAGAGAUGCACGAUACUGAUUUGAUGCUCUUGCCUCAACUCCAUGAUCUUCAAUGGGAUUCUCAAUGCAAGGUCAUUCAGGAUCUGAAAGAUCAUUUGAAAAGUAAUAGCCAAGCUUUUGUGUCGGUAUCAGCAGAGAAUUUCGUUGAGCCACUCCUCAGAUUUCUGAGCAAUGCAUAUGAUCUGCGUGAUGUUAAAGUGCUGAGAGCUGGAACUCAGCUUCUGUUGGAGUUUGUGAACAACUGCAGGCAUGAUUUCUUUUACCCUUUCUGA